UUUUAUUCUGCCGAACUACACUACACAUUUCAGUUUAUCGCUGCCAUUUUCGUUUUGUGGCACGGUACAGUGGUGGUCUGUGUAUGAAUUCGAUAAAAUAACUGGCUACUACUGCUAAAUUUGGUUGCUGUGGUUAUUCUGACUGUGUUAGAUUGCAUUUGUGAUUCGAAUGGGAUAAUAUACACUGUGUUUAUUACGUCACCUAAUCUGUUGACUUCUUGGGCGGAGAGGUAAUGCGAGAGAGGUAGCCGCGGUGUCAGCGCGCGCGCAGCCAUGCCGCUGCCCAAGCGCUGCGUGGAGCCCGUCCACGUGUCCCGGGGCAACGUCCCCGAAAGGCUGCCCGUCCCGUCCGAGCUCGAGGCCGUCACUAAUGGGACACUCGCUAACACUGUCAGGCAACUGUCUUCCUUAUCCAAGCAUGCAGAGGAUAUGUUCGGCGAGCUGACGCGAGAGGCGACGAACCUGGCCGAAAGGACGAACGUGCUGCAGGCCAGGAUAGACCGGCUCGCUAUCAAGGUCACGCAGUUGGACUCUGGGGUCGAAGAAGUGUCCCUCCAAGACAUUCAAAUGCGGAAGGCGUUCCGUUCCUCGCGGGCGUUCCAGCAGCAACUAUUCUCGCGCAACUCUAUGCCGUCGGCCAUGUUGGCGACAUAUGCGCGAUGCGACCGUCCGCCUCCGUUGGAGAGGCUAAACGAAUUCCGGGACGACGGACGGGACGCGAGAAAGUUCUAUACGGAUCCCGACUACUUCUUCGAGCUGUGGCGUAGGGAGAUGCUGCAAGACACUGAGAGGAUCCAGCACGAUAGGGGGAAGAAGGUGCGUGCGCCACGAAGCGGCGGCGGCGCGGAUUCCCGCGGCACCAGACGCGUGCGGGCCCCGCAUUCGACGCGCGAGCGACAGAAGGCGGCGGCGGUGACGCGCGGCGAGCACAUCAUGGCGCCCGCGCAACUCAAGCAGCUCGAGCCCGACCACGCCAAGCCGGACCCCGUGUACAUCUACACAAGUGUCCCGGACGGCAACUACAAGACGCCUCAGAACCGGCCGCCGUCGGCGCAGCCCGCGCGGCCCAACUCCAUCGAAAUCGAGAAACAGCAGAACAGGCAACCGAGGCUCACUGGGAAUGGGCACGUGCAAGAAGAGAGCCCGUACGGUUCGGUCAACGAGCCGAUAUACGGCGGCAGCGCCUGCGGCACCCCGCGCCGCCCGCGCCCCUCCGUGCCGCCGCCCGCGCCGCCCGCGCCCCUCCCCGCGCCCGACCAGCCGCCCGCGCUCACGCCCACCAGAUCAACGCUCCCGCCUCCGCCCCCGCCGCCCGAAGGCGCUUCGCCCCCGCCACUUAUGAAUGGAGCUUCGCCCCCACACCGCACCGCGCUAGAUGCGCAUUUGGAUCAUAUGCAUGCUGUCAUCGGAAUGAUGUCGUCAGAAGACGUAGUCGGCUCGUGCUCGCCGCCGCCGCCGCCGCCCGCGCCGCCGGCACCGCCGUCGCCGCCGCCGGCCGAGGACAGGCCGCGGCCGCCGUCGCCCGGCGCGCUGGCCCGCGGCGCCUCCAGCCUCAAGCCGCCGCGCCCGCCCGCCGAGCCGCAGCCCGACCCGCGCUCCGACCUGCUCAAGGCUAUCCGGGACGGCAUAAAACUGCGCAAAGUGGAGAAGCGCUGCGACGAAAACACGGGCCGCUACGACACGCUGCGCGGCGCGCCCGCCUUCCACGACGUCGCCUCCAUCCUGGCGCGCCGCGUGGCCGUCGAGCUGUCCGACACGUCCUCGGGCGCCGACUCCGACUCCGACGACUCCGACCAGUGGACCGAGAGCCGCGCGUGACGCCGGCCCGCCCGCGCCCGGCCGCCGCCCGCUGCGCCUGACCCCGCCCACAAACUCGCGUCUGACCCCGCCCACAAGCUUG